GUGCCCAGCCAGGCGCACCAACCAAGUACCAACACCAUUUUCCAAGCGUAAAAAGUGCAGCCAUCUCCGAUCCGAACGAGCAUUAUGAAUUCUUCAACAAACGAAAACACCGAGCUGGUUUCAAGCAACUAUCACAAGCUUGAAUCACCGACCCAACUCCAAAGCCUCCUCGGUGCUGACUUGAAACGACUAAGUAUUUUGUACUUUAGAGCCGAAUGGGCAGAGAUUUGUCGAACGGCCGAUCCCUUUAUCAGGUCACUGUCUCAAAAAUGGAAGGAGCCUCUUUUUCUCGAAAUUGAAGCUGAAAGUCUACCCGAAGUUGCCGAAUCUUUCGAAGUCUCGUCGGUGCCUUGCUUCGUUAUCUUGAGGGGACACCAACUGCUCUCACGGAUCAUCGGAGCUGAGCUGACACAGCUUGAAUCCGACGUUGAGAAAUUUGUCAAAGCAAGCCAGAAUCAACAAAGCAACGGCAAGUAUGAGGUUUUGAGUGAGACAACACAAAAGCCGAAGCCACCUUCAUCUGCCCCUAAUGUUAAUAAGCUACAAGCGGGGGCAACAUCGAACGAAGACGAGACAGAGGAACAACUUUUUUCCCGUUGCAAAGACAUAAUGCAACAAUCCAAGGUGGUAGUAUUCAUGAAGGGUGAUCCCAGAACACCGCGGUGCGGGUUUUCUCAGCAGACGGUCAAAAUCCUUCAGGAUCUUAACAUCGAAUUCACCACGUUUGACAUCCUGACUGACGAAAAAGUCAGGCAAGGUAUGAAGAAAUUAAACUCAUGGCCCACGUUCCCCCAGAUAAUCAUCAAAGGUGAACUAGUAGGUGGCUUGGAUAUCCUGAAAGAAAUGAUUCAAAACAAUGGGAAGGAGAAGACCGAACUCGAAGAACUACUUGAAAGUUAAAACCCUUCUGGAGUAAUAUCUCUGGAACAAGUCUUUUCUCUAGCCUAACACUUUAUUUCAAGAAUAAGUUUGUCAAAUCGAGCGGCCAAUUCAACGCACCCCUUUGAAUUGAAUUGUACAAGUAGAGUAUUUCGAUACUGUCGUUACCCAUUAUCAACAUUGCGGAAAUUCAAAUCAUAGUAGCCUU